GUCGGUACAAAAUGAACGCUGAACGCAUUAGUUUUAUCUGAACUUCUCUCCUCUUUCUCUCUCAUCUUACCGAAAUGGGUAAUCAAUUAGUAGGCAUCGCGCCCAGCCAAAUAUAUCCGGUAGAACAUUAUUUGACGGAUCACAGCGACUUGUUGUUCGAUGUUAAUUUAGGAAGCACUAGGUUUUUUAAGGUGGCACGGGCCCGCAGCCAGGAGGGUUUGAUAGUGGUGAAGAUAUUUGUAAUUCAUGACCCAACAUUGCCAUUAUCAGCCUACAAGGACAAGUUAGAAGAGAUUAGAUCCAAGUUAGCCUCAGCUGUCAACUGCCUACCAUUCCAGCGAAUGAUUCUCACAGAAAAAGCAGGCUCAAUAAUGCGGGAAUAUGUCAAAUAUUCUCUUUAUGACAGGAUCAGCACUAGGCCAUUUUUAACAAGCAUAGAAAAAAAGUGGAUCACUUUCCAAGUUAUAUACGCUCUUCAUCAGGCUCAUAAGUUCGGAGUUUGUCACGGUGACAUAAAGCUGGAGAAUAUCAUGAUAACUAGUUGGAACUGGGUGUUGCUCACGGAUUUCGCUAGUUUUAAGCCGACGUAUUUACCAGAGGAUAAUCCUGCAGAUUUCUCGUACUUCUUCGAUACUUCUAGGAGAAGAACGUGUUACAUAGCACCCGAGCGAUUUGUAAAAACGCUGUCAUCGGAAUUGAACAAUACAUUGUUAUUACCGGAACAAGAAGUGAAGACAGGUGAUUUGCAUCCCAUGAUGGAUGUCUUCUCUGCAGGCUGUGCUCUUACGGAAUUGUAUAACGAAGGUCACCCGCCGUUUGACUUUUCACAACUUUUGGCGUACAGGAACAAUGAGUAUUCUGUGAGCAAGCACUUGGACAGUAUAGACGACCCGGGUAUACGAGAGCUGCUCGGCUCAAUGCUGGAGAGAAAUCCGGCGAACAGGAAGAGCGCCGAGAUUUACCUGUCUCAGGCGCGCGGCACGAUAUUCCCGGAAUACUUUUACUCCUUCUUGCAGUCUUACCUGCACAUCUUCUCCCCCGCGCCCAUUUUACCGCCGGAUGAGAAGAUAUACAGGCUGAAAAACGACAUGGGCAAUGUCAUCAGUAUAUUGCGGGCGGGGGAAAGGGAGUGGAUUAAGACGAGCGCGAUGAAACCCGCGGAAACUGCGAAGGACGGCCAAUGCGAGAGCAACGUGGAAUCGAUCAAGGAUGAUUCCACGCACAGCGAGGAGAACACGAUGAUAGAGGUUGACAGCGAUCAGAGCUUCGACAAGAACGACUUGGCGCAAGUCGACGCAGCGAGAAACAUGCCGCAAGACAUCGGGACUGACGUUCGGAUGGAGGAGCCGGACUUCAAACCGUCCGACGAGGAUCGCAAGGCGUGCGACGCGGAAUCCGAGAAACCAGUUGCCACGUCGACUGAGAUUCUAGGCUUGGUUAUCAUCACCCAACUCGUCACGUCUUGCAUCAGAGGCCUGCACCAUUCGCAGUCGAAACUGCAGAGCUUGGAAAUAUUGCUGGAGCUUGCCGAGAACGUUUCCGACGAGACGAUCCUCGACAGAAUAUUACCUUAUAUCUUUUUCCUGGUUCACGACCCGGCACCGCGGGUGAGAGUGUCAGCGAUACACACGUUAACGAAGUGCUUACACCUCGUGAAGUCGAUACCGCCUUCGGACAUAAAUAUAUUCCCCGAGUACAUUCUGCCGGGCUUAUCGCAGAUAACGCAAGAUGAGGCGGUCAUCGUCAGAGCAGCUUACGCGGAGAAUAUCGCGCAUCUCGCGCACAUCGCUCUGCGUUACCUGGAGAAUGCUCAUCUGUCCAACCUGAGCAACAAAGAGGGACCAAAGCCCAGCUACGACAGCGAGCUGCAGACUUUGCACGAGAUGGUCCAACAAUCGGUAUCUAUGCUGCUGACGGAUUCGCAGAAUCUGGUGAAACAGACUCUGAUGGAGAAUGGAAUAAACAAAUUGUGCGUGUUUUUCGGCAAGCAGAAAGCCAACGACAUUCUGCUUAGUCACGUCAUUACGUUUUUAAACGACAAGGAAGACAAGGAAUUGAGGGGCUCCUUCUUCGAGUGUAUAGUCGGUGUCGCUGCUUACGUAGGCUGGCACAGCAGCCCAAUAUUAUUACCAUUGCUGCAGCAAGGUCUAACCGAUCCCGAAGAAUUUGUAAUAGCGAAGGCUAUAAAUGCUAUGGCGACGCUAACGGAAUUGGGUCUGCUGAACAAAUCCGCUCUCUAUCAGUUGUUGGGAGACACCAUGGUAUUUUUGGUCCAUCCGAAUCUCUGGAUACUUCACGCGACCGUCGGUUUCAUAUCCGCGGCAGCGAGGACUCUAAACGUGGUGGACGUCCAAUGCAAGGUCCAAACGAUGAUUCAGCCGUAUCUGAAGCACCCAUUGAUCCAGAUAGAGAAGGAGAUAUUGUUGCUGGAAGCUCUCGUUCCCCCUGUACCCAGAGUGGUCUACGACUCGGUGGUGAAGUACAACGACGUAGAGGAGUUGUUCCAAAUGCUGGAACAGAGGCAGGCGGUCAGGACGAAAGCUGUGACCGGCAUGGUGCCGCAAUACAACGCCAUGAGCACCUCGCUACGAAACCUUUUCAGACGACUGAGCUCGGAAUCGAUGACGGAGGCGGUCGAAGAUCAGUUGUUGAUGAUGAAACUGCACCUGGUAAAGAUCAACAAGUAUUCCGCGGACACCAAGCAAAACACCGCCAAGCAGAACACCAGCAGGCAUGCAGACGGUAAGCUGGAAUUGAGCGCGAUGAAAGAUCGGAUAAGACAUCAUAUCGUCGUGUUGUAUCCCGACGCCAAAAGCGAUUUAGCUUUGCCACCUUUCAAGAGGUCAGAUCGAAGAACGUCCGAUAGCGUUGGCACGUACGCGACGAUGAAUCAGGAAUGGCGCACGAUGUUCGCUGCCCAAGAUAGUAGCCAGCACGCUAUCGUUAGAAUGUCGGACAUGACCGGAAGCAGCGGCAGUCUCAGCCAGAGCAUACACGGCGGAGACAUCCACUUGUCCCCGCAGCAUUGUCUGUCGGACGUGGCCAUUAUAAAUUCCUACAUCAACGACCAUUCCCUCCACGAGCGGUCUUACAUACAGUACAGGUGUGCACCGUGCCGAUUGGAAGUGCGACGGUUAACGUGCCGCAAGCAAGAACAGCACGCUGCGGCAUUGAGGGCACAGCAUUGGGCUAACAACGUCGCCUGGGAAACCGGCGCCAAGAGAUUGCUACCGAACGAUUGGAGGCCUCGAGGAAUCCCGGUCGCACAUCUCCAUGAGCACAGAGCCGCGGUGAACAGGCUGGUCUCGAUAGUGGACACUUCUCUGUUCGCGAGCAGUUCCUCGGACGGAUGCAUUAAGAUCUGGGACGCUAGCAAGAUGGAAGGGCGAAAUAUCGCCAAUCGUUCCAGGCAAACGUUUAUGCACAAAGGAGGCCCACUGAUUGGCUUAACCGUGUGCGACCAAGGGCAGUCUUUGGCGAGUUCAGCGAGUCAGACCGGAGAAGUGUUUGUAGUUCGGAUCGAGCCGAAUUCCAGUAAAAUGAGCGUGAUGGGCAUUCGUCAAUUGGAUCCUCAGGAAGAAGGUUGCGCCGUCGAUCUUCAGUUCUUAGAUUCCGGCUCGCAGUCGGUUCUUGUGUACGCCUCGCUGUACGGGUCGUUGGUAGGUUGGGACCUACGAUGUCGCGGCACAACGUGGCGCUUGGAAAACGACCUGAAACACGGACUCAUCACAUCGUUCUGCGUGAACAGUCAUCAGCAGUGGUUGACGCUCGGCACGAGCUCGGGUAUUCACACCUGUUGGGAUCUGAGAUUCCAGCUGCCGAUAACCAACAUCAAGCAUCGAAACGGUCACAGAGUGCGAAAGGUGAUCACGCAUCCAACGGAGCCCUCGUGGAUCAUUUCGGCGGUGCAAGGUAACAACGAGAUCUCCAUGUGGGAUCUGGAGACCAAUCAUCGGCAGAUGGUACUGUGGGCGUCGAAGAAUCCGCCUCUGAGCAACACCCAGGAUAGCAAUAGCGUGUGCGCCAUGUACGCCGGAUGCAUCGACUGUUCGGGCUUCCUCUUGGCUGGCGGCACCGACAUGAAGUUGCGCUUCUGGGACUUGAAGAUGCCCACUGCGUCUUACGUAGCCUUGCCCGCUGCCAACGACGUCGUACGUCGGCCGAAUUCGUCGAAAUAUGAACAACGUUUGAUAGAGGGGUCCAAUGUUGUGCGAGAGAUGUUGGUAGGUGACGAUUCCACGCCGUCCUUCGGCGGGGGUGGGAGAAACCUGGAGGAGAGCGGUCCCGAGACCCCACCUUCCGGCCACCACGACACGAUCUCUGCUGUAGCAAUGACGAACACUUACAUUCUGACCGGCAGCACGGACGGCCUGAUACAAGUCUGGAAAUGAUUGUAUUCCUUGCUAUCGCGCCCAAAGUUCCUCGCUCAGGUGACAUCGGGUUUUUCACCACAUCGGAGCGGAGUUUUUCUCUUACGAUAACGAAAACGUUGUGAUUCAAGUAAGAAGUAACGGUUACCUCACAUUUUGUCCAAGCAGAUCACUCAGCUAUAUCCGCUAUAUGGGCGAUAUCCGUAAUGUACAAUGCGAUUCAUUUUUAGAGAAUUACCGACACAAACAAACAAAUACGAUAAUGCAAUAUCUCUUUAGUGAAAUUAACGAUUAUGUAUAUACUUUUUCAUGAUUUUGCGAUUAUCAUUCGUCGGAUAUUACGGCGGUACAUCCCACAUACACACACACGCGCACACAUACAUACACACUUGUGUUGCUCGGAUCAGCUUCGCAAAUCAAACUCGGUUCAGAGCUCAGAACUCAAUUUUCAAGUAUAUAUAUGUAUUUUUAUAGAUAAACACUGCGUAGUAAAAGAGCGGACGACCCGAUUUCGAUUUCGCUCUUCCACCCGUUAUUGUAAUUCAAUUAUCCGGAAAAUUGUGCUGUAGGAUUUUAAGCCGCAACAGCGACGUUAUUUCAAACAUCGACGUACACACGAUAUACCGCCGUGCUGUACUAAUUCUGUGAUCCUGGACUGUAUAUAUACAUAUAGGAUAUAUAAUAUAUAUAUACACAAUAUUAUUUAAGAUUACCGGUGAUUAUAUACGAUUGCGCUAUAGGGGGAGGAGCGUGCAUUUCUUAAGAGAACCGGACGUAAACUCUCACGCUGUGUGUAAUAAUGUAUAUAGUUUAUUUUUGUACGCGCUAAAGAGAGGAGAACUCAGAGUAUUAUUGAUGUAUUAUUAGACAAUUGUCGUAAUUUGGCUUAAGACGGAGUGUCGAUCGCGCCGAUUUUGUUGUUGACCGCGGAUCGCGAUAUUAAGACAAGCCUUUAAAGUAAUUUUAUUUAAGUAGCGAAUGUACUUUGGGUUCGUGCUUGCAUCUCAUCGCGUUUGCAGCUAAAAGAUAAGGGGAAAAAGAUACUCGAGGAGUAUCAAGUAUCACUCCGUGAUACGAUAUAGCGAUACGUGAUACAUGAAUACGCGAUAUUUUUUUCCAGUACCAAAGGUAUAAAAUGUAUCGAGAUACGAUAAGGUGUAAAAUAAAAUUUUUUUACCUUU